AUGUCUGACGUGAACCAUAUCUUGAAUGUUCCGGCGGCAAGAGGCCAUAGAGAGAUCGUGCAAGUAUUACUGGAUCAUGGUGCCAAGGCAGAUAGGAAUUUUAGCUUGCGUCCUGCGGUGGAAAAAGGCCAUAUAGAGAUCGUACAAUUAUUACUGGAUCAUGGUGCCAAUGCAAAUGAGAACGAUAUCUUGAAUUGUCCGGCGGCAAAAGGCCAUAGAGAGAUCGUGCAAGUAUUACUGGAUCAUGGUGCCAAGGCAGAUAGGGAUUAUAGCUUGAGUUUUGCUGCGGAAAAUGGCCAUAUAGAGAUCGUACAAUUAUUACUGGAUCAUGGUGCCAAUGCAGAUGGGAAGGGUGCCUUGUAUCAAGCAGCGGCAAAUGGCUAUACUGGGAUCGUACAAUUAUUACUGGAUCAUGGUGCCAAGGCAGAUAGGGAUGAUAGCUUGCGUUGUGCGGCGGGAAAUGGCCAUAUAGAGAUCGUACAAUUAUUACUGGAUCAUGGUGCCAAUGCAGAUGGGAACUUUGUCUUGUAUACAGCAGCGGAAAAUGGCUAUACCGAGAUCGUACAAUUAUUACUGGAUCAUGGUGCCAAGGCAGAUAGGAACAAAAUCUUGGAUUGUCCGGCGGCAAAAGGCCAUAGAGAGAUCGUGGAAGUAUUACUGGUUCAUGGUGCGAAGGCAGAUAGUGGCUGUUCCUUGUUUACAGCAGCGAAAAAUGGCUAUACCGAGAUCGUACAAUUAUUACUGGAUCAUGGUGCCAAAGUAGAUAGGGAUCAUAGCUUGCGUUGUGCGGCGAAAGAUGGGCAUAUAGAGAUCGUACAAUUAUUACUGGAUCAUGGUGCCAAUGCAGAUAGGGACUUGAUACUUUUAGAAAGCUCAAUAAGUGAACAAGUUUGUCAAAACAACGUUCUUCAUGCUGUAAUCUUGCUGACCAAUGGCACAUGA